GGCCGAGCACGGGGGUCCCGCUCCGCCGCCGCGCAGGGGCCGCGCUGAGGGGGCGGCGGCGGCCGCUGGCCGUGGGGAGCGCCCCGAGGGUUCCACCUGGUGCCGCCUGCGGCGGGGCGGUGACCAGCACAUCCCGGCUCCUUCUUCCUCGAAGCAGCGGGGGUGGAGAGAGAGGGGCUGGGGGAGGUCCUCUCCGCCCCUGUCGGAGGGAGCGGAGCGGAGCGGAGCGAGGGGAAAGCAUGUGAAAAUUGUUCCUAUUUCUUCAGGUCUGUGGACGUGAAUUUUACAUUGGAGUUAGAGGCAGCAUUUUUGACACUUUUUGCAGAGUGGUUCUUUAGUGUGGUCCUGACAAGCUGCUUCUGGUGUCAGUAACAGACCUUCUACCAUGAGCAAUUCUACUUCAGCUGCAGAUAAUGAGAAGAAAAAAAGUAAAGGAAAAAGAUCUCCAUGUUCCCCUUCACGUGUCCUUCAUAUUCGUCAAAUUCCAAAUGGUGUUACUGGAGCAGAAGUUGUUUCAUUAGGUCUCCCUUUUGGCAAAGUAACCAAUCUCUUGAUGCUAAGAGGAAAAGGUCAGGCAUUUUUGGAAAUGGCUUCUGUAGAUGCUGCUGUUUCUAUGGUGAACUACUACACUCCUGCUACACCUCAUCUUCACAAUCAGCCAGUUUAUAUUCAGUAUUCCAAUUACAAGGAACUUAGGACUGACAAUCAGCAUAAUCAGGCUAGACCCCAACCUGUACCGCAGUGUGCGAAUGCUGUGCAGCAUGGAAACCUGGGUAUUACAAGUGCUCUUGCUGCUGAAGGUGGGGUCCUUCCAAGUCAUGGUUCUGUUCUUCGAAUCAUUGUUGAAAAUGUUUUUUGCCCUGUCACUUUAGACAUACUGUAUCAGAUUUUCUCUAAAUUUGGCUUUGUCUUGAAGAUUGUCAUGUUCCAUAAGAACAAUCAAUUUCAAGCUCUUCUCCAAUAUGCUGAUGCAAUGAAUGCAUAUUAUGCCAAAAUGUCUCUGGAUGGCCAUUGUAUCUACACUGGCUGCUGCACUCUGCGUAUUGAUUUCUCCAAGUUAACUAACCUAACGGUGAAGUACAACAAUGACAAAAGUAGAGAUUUCACUCGCAUUGACCUUCCUUUUGGUGAUGGCCAACGAACUGUGGAGACAUCCUUAUCUACUCCCUUUGCUACCCAAAAUACCAUAUUUCCAUCAUAUACAGGGCCUCCUGGGUUUGCCCCAGCCUUGGGCUUUCCUCAGGGAGCAGGUCCUUCUGUUCUGCCUGUUCCUGGAGCACUUGGUCCUCUCACAGUCACCACAUCAGCAGCGCCUGGACACAUGACUAUUCCUGGUAUUCCAGGAAACUCUGUUUUACUAGUUAGCAACCUCAACCCUGAAGCCAUCACACCUUAUGGACUUUUCAUCCUGUUUGGUGUGUAUGGUGACGUGCAUCGUGUGAAAAUCAUGUUUAAGAAAAGAGGAAUUGCUUUGGUUCAGAUGGCUGAUGCAACCCAAGCCCAAUUAGCUAUCAACUACUUGAAUGGACAGAGGCUUUAUGGAAGGGUCAUGCAUGCUACUCUUUCAAAAUAUCAGACAAUUCAACUUCCUCGUGAGGGACAAGAGGACAAAGGUCUGACAAAGGACUAUAGCAAUAGCCCUUUACAUCGCUUUAAGAAUCCCUGCUCUAAGAACUUCCAAAAUAUAUUUCCUCCAUCUGCAACCUUGCAUCUGUCCAACAUCCCGCCUUCUGUUACUGUUGAUGAUUUGAAGAACCUUUUUACAAGUAAAGGAUCUACUGUGAAAGGCUUCAAAUUUUUCCAGAAAGAUUGCAAAAUGGCUCUUAUCCAGCUGGGUUCUGUGGAAGAAGCAGUUCACGCUCUCAUUGAGCUUCACAAUCAUGACUUUGGAGAAAACCAGCAUCUCAGAGUUUCCUUCUCAAAAUCUUCAAUCUGAAUUUUCUGUGAAUUUUCCCUUUAAGGCUGCAUAAUGGUUUUAGUAAAAUCUUCAAAGAGAGACUGAGACAGCUCUGACCAACUCUGUCUCUUAAAAGGAAAAGCUCAUUCAUACACAAAGAAUUAAGUGAUGAUUUUUUCUGAUUUUAGCUGCAAUUAUGUCAUCCAUAGAUUCUUCUGUGAAAUCAUUUUAGCAACAAUAUUUAUCAUCAAAUUUCCUACUUAAAAUUAUGUUUUGAAACCAUCCUUUCAGCUUUUGUUUGAAGUCAGCCUUACAAAACAAUUUCUGAGUGCUUUUACAAUUUACCAAAUUAGUAUGUUUAAUUAAAAGGUAAACCUACUUUGUGCAGAUUAAACACUAAUUUGAAUGUGAAAUAGUGCUUGGGUUUCCUGAAGAAAAGCAAACAGUAACUGUGAGUAUCCUCUAAAUAGUAUUUAUGUUACCAAGGUGUGUGUUCAUACUUUGGCAAAUCUUUACAAAUAACUUGUUUAUAAAAAUUAAAAGUCUGUGCUGUUGUUAUAGAUUAAAUUAUUAGAGAAAAGGCAGUGCCUUCUCUCUGUGGAAUAAAAGUAUUUGACAAUUUUCUUCAAGGUGUGGUAUUGGAGAAUUAGUUUGACUUGACUGUGGGUUGGACGUUUGAUGUCCUAUUUCUACUAUGAAGGGAUGUGUAACAAUACCUUGGAGAAAAUAAAACAAGAAAAUUAUCUUGAUUUAAAAAUAAUUUUUUUACAUUUCUCUAAAUAAUUAAAUGUUUGCAAUCAUAUGGGAAAUAUUCAGGUCUGUGAUGGUUUCUCAAGUUUUUAAGAAGUUAUUUUUGCUAAGGUCAUUUUUCAGGGCAGAAAAAUUAAACCUCGAGGUUUUUUACCACUCUACAGUCUAAUACUUAAAUUACUGUGUAUUUACCUAAUUUCUUAUUUUGUGCCUUACUAUAUGUGUAUGAAUAGAUUAGAGUGUUACCUGAAGUAUCUUGCAAAAAUGUUGUGGGCUUUGUGAAAAUUCUCCUCUUGGUCUUUUUGUAAAUGUUUUCCAUGAUAAUUCAAUAUAUAUUUUUUCAUUAAUUAAUAUUUUGAAUUCUAGUUUCUUGUGCUUUCUUAUGGAGAUUGGAUGUAGAUGGGAAUAAGGUUUCAUUUGUUGUGAAAUCACAUAGGCAUUCUUUAAAUUUACCUAGUUGCACUUCUCUGAUGGUAGUUCUUCACUGAUAAAAAAUUCACACCCAGAAAAAAUAUACUAAAAAAUCAAACAAACCUAUAUAGGAGGGCCAAACAGCAAAUCCAGUUAGUUUCCUGGACUUCAUCUGACUUUUUGAGAGACACUGGCUAUAUCAGAAUAUUCUUUCAGGUUUCUGCAUUUCUUUCAUUUUUAAUAGUUUACAGUAUUAAACUUAAAGUAAUAGAAUACUAUCAUUCUUUCCUUUGUAAGUAUGAAAAAAUGUUUGAUACUGAAUCUUGAUUCCUCUUUGGGGAAUGAGCUGAGAUGCAGUUAGGUUUUGCCAUGAGUGUACAGAUGAAUACUAAUGACUAAUCAUAUUUUAAAAAGCUAAAUUUCAUUUUGAGAGCUUUUUUUUCUGUAGUAUUUUCUUUCACACAAAUUAAUUUAAUUUUGCUUACCACAUUUAAAGACCUAUUUCUUUCAAAUCUGGCAUUUACUUCUAACUAUUGCAGAAUUUGUUUCUGCUGUAAUGUUUUGCCACUCAUAAUUGGUUUUGUUCAUUGGAAUUGUAUGACUUUAUCUUUCUAGAAGAAAGAGUAUGUUUCUACCAUGAUCUGAGUAUUCUGUAGUGAGCUUUCUCAAAUUUUCUCUCUGAAUUAUUUUUGCAAAAUCAGCCUUACAGAAGCUUGGCAGAUACUACCUUAAUCUAUAUAAAUUGAUUACAGGUGUAGUAUUAAGAAAACUUCCCUGCCUGACCAUCCGGGAGCCAUUCUGGCAGUCACUCUUGCACCACCUGGGCUGGAGCUGAAGCUCUUCCAGUUACAGCCCCCACAUCCCCACAGUCAGAACAGGUUUCCUUACUGGGCUGAGCCCAGAUUUCCCAUAGCAGUCUCAGGUCUCCCAACCAUUAAAACGAUUUCAUCACAGUGCAAUAACAAACAAACAGUUCGGGCUGCUGUCUCUGAGGAGGGACCCAGAACAAAGGAACCCCUGGGCCUUUAUCCCCUCACCAGUCUAAGCGUGGGAAGGUCUGGGAUCGUCGGCUCCUGCCGUGUCCCGGUGUCUGGUCCACAGGUCCCCGGCCCUUGUGUGCCCAGGGUUGGCUCUUCACGGCCUCUUUGCCUGGGCUUCCCCAGCCUGAGCUCAACCUGCAGUUCCCCCUGCAGCUGCACCCCGAGCUACCUCAGUGAAUGUGUUCCUCAAAAGUAGCAGCCAAUCUGACUGCACAGAUGUAGCUAUAAUAAGAGCUGUUCAACACAACUAUAUAAAUACGCAGAAUGUACUAUGUACUGGAAAGUUCAACUGGCUUAGGAAAAUAUUCCCCUAAGGGAUGUUAUCUUUUGAAUUUCACAGAAUGGUGUGGGUUGAUCUCCAUGAGGUUCUCACAGUCUCGCUGCUCAGUCCGUCCAGAUCCUUCUGGAUGGUAUCCUUUCUUUCUAGGACUGCACCACACAGCUUGAUGUUGUCAGCAAACUUGCAGAGGGUGCAGUUGAUUUCACUGUCCAUGUCACCAAUAAGGCUGUUUAACAGCUCUGGUACCAUUUAUAAUCCUUACAGAACACUGCUCAUUAUUGGUUUCCACUUCAACAUCAAGCUGUUGACCACAACUCUUUCCUUUGGCCAUCAAGGCAUUUAAUUUUCCAGCUAGAGGUCCACUCAUCAAAUCCGUGCCUCCAGUUUAGAGACAAGGAAGUUACAUGAGAAAGUGUCAUGCUUUGCACAAGUCCUGGUAGAUGACAUCAGUUGCUCUUUUCUUAUCCAACAUUGCUGUAACUCUAAUGUAGAAGGCCAUAAAAUCUGUCAGGCAUGAUUUGGCUUUAGUAAAGCCAUCUAUUUCAUAAUCUUACUGGGAACCAAGGUGGAACUUCCAGACUUAUAGUUCCCUGGGUCUUUCUUAUUUCCCUUUUUACCAAUGUAGGCUAUAUUUCCCCUUUCUCAGAAAAGCAUUAGCUUUUACAGUUUCAUAGACCUGGGUUGCUAAGAAAGCCUCUUUUCCUCCCUGGCCACAUGUUACUUCCACCCUCUGUAGCCUUUCUUUUAAUGUUUUGAGUUCAUCCAGUAGUUCCUUGUUCAUCUAACACCAUUCUGACAUUUUUGCCUGACUUCCUUUUUGUUGGGAUAAUCACUCCUGAGCUUGGAGAAGGUGAUCCUUGAAUACCAACCAGCUUUCUUGGGUCUCUCUUCCCUCCAGGGCUUUUUCCCCAUGAUACUAUAUGAGGCAGAUCGCUGAGGAGGCCAAAGGCUGCUCUCCUGAAGUCCAGGGUCAUGAGCUUUCUGUGCACCUUCCUUGCUUCCCUAAGGAUCUCAAACUCCAUUUUGUGGUCCUUGCAAUCAAGGCUGCCCUUGAGCUUCACAUUUUCCAUCAGCCUCUCCUUGUUGGGAAAAAAAAGGGCCAGCAUAGCACCUUCUCUCCUUGGCUCCUCCAUCAAUUGAAGAAGGAAGGUACCAUCAAUGCAUUCUAGGAAGCUUCUGGAUUGUUUAUGUGCUGCUAUGUUGACAAAUAUAGGGUGGUUGAAGUUCUCCAUGAGGAACAAGGUUUGUGUAUGUGAGGCUGCUCUUCUCUGUAAGGGACCUCAUCUUCUCUGUCUUCCUGGUCAGACAAUAUGUAGCAGAUCCUUACUAUAAAGCCACCUUCCCUUCCCUGCCUUUAAUCCCAACCCAUUAACUCUCAAGUCAGCUCCUCAUCCAUCCACAGGUGGGGCUCCAUGAUCGCCAGCUGGUCAUCGACAUAGAGGGCAACACCACCUCCUUGCCUACCCUUCCAGUCUUUCCUGAAUAGCCUAUAUCCUUCCAUUCCAGCAGUCUACUCUUUAGAGCCAUCCCACUAUGCAUCCAUGACAUACCAGUGAGGUCAUAGGCAUGCCCAUAUGUCUAGCUCUGCUUGUAUAAACAAGAAUAAUAAUAAGAAUAAACAAGAAGGGGAAUAAUCCCCUUCUUAGGUUCUCUUGCAUAGAUGCUUUGGAGUUGAGACCCUAAUGAAGCUGAUUUACUGGCUGGAGUAGCUGGAAUUCCUUUGUGUUGUUGUUCUGGUGCUUUUCUGCUGACCUGUGAUCCCUCUUUAGGCUCUGGGCAUCUAUUGCUGGCACUGGCAGCAAAUUGAUAAGAGUGAGAUGUGUCGGGACCCAUCCCCAUAUGGGCCACCAGUUGUUGGUGUCAGUGCUUGGCACCAAUUGACAGUGGAUGGAAACUGUCACCAUCAGUUUAUCAUCUUACUGUAAAACUUUCAUACCUUCUCUCUGUGAGUUCCUAUGGGCAGCUUCUCACAGCACUGACUCCUUUUCUCUUCCUUCUGCAUGGCUGGCUGACUCCUUCCUGUCCCUUGCACACCACCUGACCCUUACUGCUCCUCACAGCACAGCCAACAAACUCCAGCUCUCCUCCCAACUUGCUAACCCACUCUUUUAUAACCCCCAUCCUUACUGGACAUAGCUGUGCCCUAUUAAGGGCAGGGCUGUUCCUACUCUGGUAAUUAGUACAGCUGCAACUCCUCAGGGGUGAGAUUGCCUUUAGCACUAUCUCUAUUCUCCUAUAAUCCAUCCUCCCACAGGGACGGACUAAAAUUCCCUUCCCCCUGGCAUCUUUAGUUUAAAGCCCUUCUCACCAGUUUGGCAAGCCUAUGGCAGAAGAUGCACUUCCCCUCUUCUGACAGAGGGACCCCGUCAGCCCUCAGUAGACCCAGUUUUUGAAAGCAAGUCCCAUGAUCAAAGCAGACAAACCCCUGGCUUGGACACAGCCCCAGAAACAUUUGUUGAUUCACUAGAUUUGACUGGCCCUUUCAAACACCUUCCCUUUGACUGUGAGCAUUGAUGAAAAGACUGCCUGUGGAAUCUUAAAAAUUUUUAACUUAGAAAAAAUCUGAAUGUUGGAAUUUAUUGUGUUUGCUUUUUGGUUUUGUAAUACAAGUAUUGUGUAUCUUUUUUGAUUCACCUUUCUUGUUCUGUCUUUGCAAUCUAAUUAUUCUUGCCAACAUACUUUUUGAUUUGUGUGUAUCUGAAAGAUGAUGCCUCUUAGGGAGAUCUGCUUUUACAAGAUAUGCAGAUAACCUUUGAAACUUGACAGUACACUUUAACAUUUGCUUAGCAGUGCGAAGGCACUAGUUAAGGCUACUUUUUCCCUUUUAGUGUUCCACCUUGAAUAACUGAAAGCAUGAACAUAACACCUUAGUUAUUACAAUGCAUUGUUAGUGAAGAAUCAUGGCAGAAGGAAUACUUCUUAUACUUUGUGCUUGACUCAUUAGUGCCUCAUGCAGAAGCACAGUUGCAUCUCGGUUCUUGAUUCUCUAAAGCUCUUGAUAUCUAUGAAGAGAGUAAGAUUUGGGAAAGAAUGAUAUUCUACAGAGUCUCACAGUGAUGUGGAUGGAAUGGGACCUCCAAAUGCCUUAGUCCUACCUCUCAGUCAGAUUAUAUACAACUUUAAGCAGUUACUCAAAAAUGUAAAUUGAAAAACAAAAUCAAAUGGAACAAAUUCUUUGUUCUUUGCUGUUCUGUUUGGCGGUCCUCACUGUGAAUAUGCUUCCUUAAUAUGUAACUAGGCUUUAAACAUACUGCAUUCUAUGUCUUUUGCCUUUUUCCCUGUUACUCAUGUACAUCUGAAGAGGAUUCUGGCUUCAUCUUCUCUAUAUUGUAGCCUUAAGCUGUUAAAGAUACGUUUAUAAUUUCUUUAACGUAUUUUAAAGAAAUAUGUAAAGAAAUUAUAAACGUAAUUUCUGUUUGUGAAGUAUCUGGUAAUGUGCACAGUUCAAGUUGGAAUUUGGGCAUGUGGUGGAGCUGUCUUGUGCAGGGCCAGGAGUUGGACUCUAUGAUCCUUGUGGGUCUCUUCCACUUCCACAUAUUCUAUGAUUUUGUGACUGUAUAGUUAUGCCUCUGUUUAUGUCAUAUCCUUGAAUCAACUCUGAGUUACCUCCUAGUCCAUUUUUUUUGAUGGAUGCAUGCUUGGUUCAAAGUGUAAUAAGGCAUAUCCUUGAAUCAACUCUGAGUUACCUCCUAGUCCAUUUUUUUUGACGGAUGCAUGCUUGGUUCAAAGUGUAAUAAGGCCUUUUUAACAACCCAGGAGCAGCUAAGUGCCUUUUCAAUUGAUCCUUGAUUUGUUAUAUAAUGGUAAAAGUUCUACUUCUUUUAAUUUCUGCAGAACUCUUAAAACAUCAGAACCAAUUUCUGAAACUUUGACCUAUAAUUUGACUCAGUUGCCUUGUCUGCUGGUCCUGUAAGUUGCACUGGAUUUGUGUACUGAUAAAUUGAGGUCCUUUUUAUUCAGAAGAUAUUCCACAUACCUGUGGAAACUUGCCUAUUUGUGACAUUUUUCUGAUUACAGGCAGCAAACCAGUGUUUGUUUGCCAAGAAAACUAUGAGUCUUUGUGGAUAGUAGUGCCAGUGAGGUCUGUCUAGUCAAUUAUCUUCCCCUCCUCUGAUUGAUAUCAGUAGGAAAGUAGUAAGUUGGGGUUUUUUUAUAAGAGAUGUAGACCUACUACUUGCCAUUUUAUGCUGUUAGCUUAUAUUUCUGGUUUUUAAAUGAGAGGUCAGCUGCCUAUGAAAAGCAUUGUUUUGCCUUAACCUUUGGCCCUGAUGUUGUUAGCUAGAGCACAACUACCAGACUUAGUCUUGUCAUUGUUGUGCUGAAAUGAUACUAGUCAGAUUGCACAGAAUUUUUUCUUUACAUCAACUUUAUCUUCUGAAGUUUGGUUUGCUAUAUACAAGAUUGUUUUCCUGCUCUUUUCAAAGCAAAUCCUAACAGUUAGAAUGUAAAAUUUCUGAAGUAUUUAACUUCAGGGUUUUAUUGAUGGGGGAUGUGAUAUAGGAACAAAAUUGGACCAAAGUUUUUGUGCCUUCAGUAGUUUUAUAUGUAGGGUUUUUCAUAUCUGUAGGUGUCUUUAAGUACAAUAAAUACAUUUUUCUCCUCUGGAAAAUGUAUAUUUAUAUUGUGAAAAAUUAAUAUUGUCUACUGACUAUACAAUACGUGAACUACAGCUGUUUCAAUAAACAUUUAAUUAUUCCACUGUCUUUCCCAUUACAGGUUUGGUUUUUUUUUAACUGCAAUAUGUAGAAAUCCAAGCAUAACUCACGUUAUUUCCUACUUCAGAUAAUAAUGACAUGUUGUGCUUGGAGGAGUCCCAAAGAAAUUAAAUGCUUACAUAAUUGAAGGUCCUUGAUAAAUGAAGAAAGCUUUUACUUCAGCAGAUUAAUGUCAUCCCUGUAAGCAGUUUUUCAGUUCUUGGAAACUGUGCUUUAUUUAUGAGUGGGAGGCUACCACACAUAAACUUGAUUUGAAGCACUUUCCAAUUAUUUUUGAAUAUAUUACCCACUUUCUGCAGAAGUUCACCAUAGAACUGCUGCAGCACAAGAUAAAAGUUGCUAACCAAGCAGAUUCUUGCAUCAUUAUGUCACUUCAUUUUCUGACCAAAGACUGUUCUGGUUUUACUGAAAUGUAUGAAAACCUGUUUUCUCUCACACUUUUUUCUGAUGGGAAGACCCCAAAGCAAACUGGCCUCUAUUUGAGACUGUUAACUGGUGGCAGAAAUGGUGGAAAAUGGAAAUAGUAAUGUGAACCAAAUAGUGUGAGAGAAGGCAAAAAGUUAAUAUAUUGCUUUUAGUACUGUACUCAAGACACAGUAAACAUCUCUAAGAAUUGCUGCCAUUCCCUCAUUUCACAUGAUCUGUUAAUAAAAAUUCCAUUUCAGUUUAUAAAAAUGUUCAUCUAACUCAAGAAAAUACUGUAAAUAUUUGUAGCAUCAUGUUUUGUUUUGUUUUUAUUUUGGUUUGUUGUUUUUUUUUUAAUCUGGCAAAAGAGUGUUUGGGGAAACAAAUGAAAAUAUAAAAUGUUUUUAUAUAAAAAUAUUGUCUGUAUAUUUUAAUAAGCAAAAGCUUUCAUUUGUAAAGCAUCUUGUGGCAUUGCAUGAAAAGUAUUUUAUAUCUGUGGAGAUGACAUAAAACUGAAAAGAUAUAAGAUGUAUUAAAGAAACCUAUUUUGUGACUGUGUAGUGCAUGGUGAAUAUGAUUUUGUUUGUGCUGUAAUAUAUUCUGUUUUUUUAGGUUAGUGUGUUUUCUGAUUACAUGAUAUCUAUACCUAACUAAUUUCCUAACUGUAGUUGUUGUAGCAUGUCUUUUAAUAAAUGUAAUUAUGGCUAUACUCUCUUAAA